GUUGUAUUGGACUUCUAGUUCUACCGUUACCUUUGGCCCUUUUCAAUACUCCCUGAGAUCUGCAGUACUGUCCCCAUUUAACUAUUCUUCCAGUACUUCAGUAUAAACACUCUCCCAUGUGUAACUAGUAAAAACUUAUGUAAACGGUACUUUCUUUUUAUAUCUCUACCACUUCUCUCCCCUAUAUGUCUCGGGCACCCAGUUAUUCUAGAACAUUGUGUACUAAUCCAUAACGAGAGCCCAAGUUUCUCUGAGCAACUUCAACAUCCAGUUAAUUCUGUUCUUUCCUUGUAAAUCAACACUGGAUCCCUCAGUUCCACAGAUAAUCUAUUGAGGCCAGUAUAUUUCCAUUUCUCUCUAAUACCUCAUACCUGCUCAUAAGAGAUCUACUUCUAUGGACAAUACAAAAGCAGUUGCCUAAAUGCCCUUCUGUGUGGUUUCUGUGUGUGACUACCAUGUUCUUCGUCGCUUCCUUUCAUAUGAAACAAUCCGCUUAAUGAUAAGUUUCAAUAAGUGUCUGGAAACAUGAGAGACUGAGAAAAAAAAGAAACAAACCGAUAUUUGAAACCCUUGAACACUGUUUAUACAGGUCCGUUCAUUUUGCUCAGGGAUCCUGCUUGAGGUUACACCCAUCUCUGCCUUGGCAGGGGAAGCAUUGAAAAGAACCUUUUCCUCAACACAGCGGGGAAGAUGUGGCUGAAGCUGUUUUUCCUCCUGCUGUACUUCUCAAUCCUGUUUGUCCUGGCGAGAUUCUUUGAGACGAUUGUGUGGUACGAAACGGGCAUCUUUGCCAGCCAGCUGGUGGACCCUGUGACUCUGAGCUUUCACCAGCUGAAGACUAUAUUGGAAUGCAGGGGUCUGGGAUACUCGGGAUUGCCGGAGAAGAAAGAUGUCAGGGAGCUGGUGGAAAAAUCAGGUGACCUGAUGGAAGGGGAAUUGUAUUCUGCCAUGAAGGAAGAAGAAGCCUCAGAGACUGUGUCCAGCACUAACUUCAGUGGGGAAAUGCACUUUUAUGAACUGGUGGAAGACACAAAAGAUGGCAUCUGGUUGGUGCAGGUAAUUGCAAACGAACGAAGUCCCCUUGUAAGUAGAACCCACUGGGAAAAGAUGGUCAAAAAAGUGACAAAAUUCGGCAUUCGCACCGGGACCUUUAACUGCUCCAGUGAUCCCAGGUACUGCAGAAAGAGAGGGUGGAUGAGAUCAACGCUUAUCAUAUCCGUGCCUCAGACCAGCACUUCUAAAGGCAAAGUGAUGCUGAAGGAGUACAGUGGGCGCAAGAUAGAAACCGAGCACAUUUUCAAGUGGAUAACCGCACACGCUGCCUCGCGGAUUAAAACCAUAUACAAUUCUGAGCACCUGAAAGACGAAUGGAACAACAGCGACCAAUACGGGGUCAAGCUUUACCUUUUCGCCGACCUCGAUCAGCCUCCAGCUUUUUUCUCUGCGCUCAGCGUUAAGUUUACAGGGAGGGUCGAGUUCAUAUUUGUUAAUGUUGGCGACUGGGAUAACACAAGUUGCAUGGCGGAAAUUGGCGUCUUCACGAACCCUUCUUAUGUUUUGAAAACCCCAGAGGGAAUUUACAAGUAUGGAAAUAAUACCGGGGAAUAUAUAUCCCUGAGAGCCAUGGAUGCGUUUUUACGUUCACUGCAGCCGGAAGUGAACGACUUGUUUGUGUUGAGCUUAGUUUUAGUUAAUCUCAUGGCAUGGAUGGACUUGUUCAUCACACAAGGGGCCACCAUCAAACGAUUUGUUGUCCUAAUAAGCACUUUAGGGACGUACAACUCCCUGCUGAUCAUCUCUUGGUUGCCUGUACUGGGAUUUCUGCAACUUCCUUAUCUUGACAGUUUCUAUGAUUAUAGUUUAAAGCUUCUUCGCUACUCUAAUUCAACCACCCUGGCCUCGUGGGUCAGGGCCGAUUGGAUGUUCUACUCCUCGCACCCUGCGCUGUUUCUCGGUACUUACCUUGGUCACGGGCUGCUCAUCGAUUACUUUGAGAAGAAAAGGCGACGUAACAGCAAUGCAGAAGAAGUGAAUGCCAACAAUCUGGAGUGGUUGUCCAGCCUUUGGGACUGGUAUAGCAGCUACCUGUUCCACCCCAUCGCUUCGAUCAACCAUUUUCCCAUGGACUCCGAUUGGGAUGAAGACCCAGACCUGUUUCUCGAGAGGUUAGCGUUUCCCGAUUUAUGGCUUCGUCCUCUGAUCCCAACAGAUUACAUAAAAAAUCUACCAACAUGGCAGUUCCAAUGUCAUUCAGAUGAAGAAACCUCAGAAGGAUCCCAGGAGAGCGACUGCGACUCGGAACUGGAAAACAAUGGUGAUAAACACUUAUGUGAACAGGAUGCUCCUGCCACGUUCCACCAGGCAGAUUCUGCAGUAGAAUGCGCCGAUCACAGUUGCUCGUGUGCCUGUAACACACCAAAAUCCAGCCCAAAUGGUAGCAAAACCAGGUUGUCCUAUGGAUCCAGAUGCACUAAGAACUACAUGGAGCCUAACUGGGCCACGUGGCCUGGGAACAUGUUGCAUUGCACAGAGUGUGUUGUUUGCUUAGAGAAUUUUGAAAAUCGCUCUUUGCUUAUGGGUUUGCCCUGCGGUCACGUAUUUCAUCAAAAUUGCAUUGUGAUGUGGCUGGCUGGAGGGAGACACUGCUGCCCAGUUUGCCGCUGGGCAUCCUAUAAAAAGAAACAUUUUGCACGUCCUCAGUCUUCUACCAGUGAAACCCCUUCCUAGCACCAUAUGUGACCGCCCGUGCGCUUCCUUUGGUUGUAGCUGCUUCCGUAUCAGUUAGAAACGUCAUCAAAUCGGCGUUUUAGUAAAGUGGCCAUAUGCACAUUGCAUCUGUUGAGAGAAUCCAUGUCGUCGCCUUGUGUGUUACGUGUCGUUGCCUGUGUAAGCAGAAAAAAAAACAUUUUUGGGUUUCCAUUUUGAGUCUAUUGCUAUUCGAGUGUAUAUUUCUCAGAUCGGUUACUUCUAAAUAAGAAUUUCGUUCACAUUUUCAAAUGUUAAUUUUUAACACCUAAACUUUAGAUAUACUGUAGACCUUACAGUAUUCUGAGACGUGUGGGAAGGUACGUUUGUUUAAUUGGACUGAAACCUAUAUGAAGGAAUUAAUGCAAAUGAUAGUUGUUCAGUUUGUUUUUAUUGUUAUUUUCUAAUGGGCCUUCUGCUAAAUGUGCAAAAAAAAAAAAAAAAA